CACUGAGCUAAAUCCCGGGUCGGGUCCUUUAUAUUUUUGUUUUGAAACAGGGUCUUGCUAAAUUGCCCAGGUUGGGUUUGAACUUGCAGUCCUCUUGCCUCAGCCUCCCGAGUGCUGGGAUGACAGGCCUGCACCCCAUACCCAGAUGUACCUGGAUUUUGUAGCCAGUGGGGAAUGAGUUAAUGGUGACAGGACUGAAGGUGGCUCUCCUGAGUCCCUUGUAUGAGAACAUCCCCACAAGGCCCCCAUGGUGGACAAGCCCAGGAAAGUGAGCAGGGAGAGCCCUACCCUCGAGGCAGGCAGCACAGAACCAGCACAGCCUAUGGAUCCUUCUCUGGAGGAGCCCAUGGCACUGGCAGGGGCGCUCUCCUGAGCUGCAGAGGUCUGGGCACCGCAUCCUCCGUGACAGCUAUGGUGUGCAGGAGAGGCAGGGGCGCCCAGCAGCAGCCGGGCCCAGGCCAGGAGGGAGGGUGUAUGGGCCCCCUGAGCAUCCUGGGAGCCACCGUGCUGCUCCUGACCCUGCCAUGGGGGGCCCAGGGCACUGCCCCAGCUGACCUCAGCACUGCUGUAGGCCACAUGGUGCCCCUGGCAGGGGGCCGCUAUCUGAGCAUUGGAGAUGGCUCUGUGGUGGAGUUUGAGUUCCCCGAGGAGAGUGAGGGCAUCAUUGUGAUCUCAAGCCAGUACCCGGGCCAGGUCAACGGGACCAGGCCUGGCCCUACCCUGAAGGUCACAUCCCUGGACACAGAGGUGCUGACCAUCAAGAAUGUGAGUGCCACCAUCAAGAAUGUGAGUGCCAUAACGUGGGGAGGCAGGGGUGGCUUUGUGGUGAACAUCCACUCUGGCCUGGCUGGGCUGGCGCCACUCAGCAUCCAGCUCCUGGACCUUCAUGAGGCCCCGCCCAUGCUGAUCGAGGAGCGGAGAGAUUUCUGCAUCAAGGUCUCGCCGGUAGAAGGUGCCCCAGCUGAGCUCACUGCCGACCUGGCCCACUUCUCAAAGAACCCAAUCCUCUACCUGCUCUUGCCGCUCAUCUUCGUCAACAAGUGUUCAUUUGGGUGCAAAGUGGAACUUGAGGUCCUCAAGGGGCUCCUGCAGAGCCCCUAGCCUGUACUGCUGGGCCUCCUGGGCCAGUUUCUGGUCAUGCCCUUGUACGUCUUCCUGAUGGCCAAGGUCUUCAUGCCGCCCAACGCCCUGGCUCUGGGCCUCAUCAUUACCUGCUCAUCACCUGGCGGUGGGGGCAGCUACCUCUUCAGCCUUCUUCUUGGAGGGGACAUCACGCUGGCCAUCUCCAUGACUUGCAUCUCAAUGGUGGCUGCCACUGGGUUCCUGCCACUCUCCUCGGCCAUCUACAGCCACCUGCUCAGCAUCCACAAAACACUGCACGUGCCAGUCUCCAAGAUCCUGGGGACCCUGCUGUUCAUUGCCACCCCCAUAGCAGCAGGAGUGGUGAUCAAGUCCAAACUGUCCAAGUUCUCCCAGCUGCUGCUGCAGGUCAUCAAGCCCUUCAGCUUUGUGCUGCUGCUAGGUGACCUCUUCCUGGCCUACCGCAUGGUCUUCAUCCUGGUGGGAGUCAGGCUGCUCAUUGUCCUAGUGGGCCUCAUGGUGCCCCUGGUUGGCCUCUUGGUGGGCUACUGCCUUGCCAUCUGCCUGAGGCUGCUGGUGGCACAACGGCAGACAGUCAGCCUUGAGGUAGGGGUGCAGAACAGCCUGCUGGCCUUGGCCAUGCUGCAGCUGUCCCUCCACCGCCUCCAAGCAGACUAUGCCUCCCAGGCCCCCUUCAUUGUGGCACUGAGUGGGACCUCUGAGAUGCUGGCCCUGGUCAUUGGCCACUUCAUCUAUAGCAGCCUGUUUCCAGUCCCAUGAGGCCACUGCCUUGCCCUCUGCCCACUGUCCCCACAUUUCCUGUGUACCAAAGGCCUUUAGUUCUCAUGCACUAUGCACUCAGACAAAUCCACGCUUACAUUUUUUACUGUUUUUUCUUCAGCUUUCAGUCCCAAAGAGCCCAUGCUGAGUUAGGUAGAUGGGCAGUGCCCAGAAAUAUAUUUCAAUAAAAGAAAGCCACAA